AUGGACUUAGCUGCAAAUGCCGGUGUCAACUUGCUCUGCUUGCAGGAGACCAAGCUCACGCAGGAGGGGUUGCAUGCGAUGCGCCAAGCCUUUCGGGCCAAAGGGUGGAAACUCUUACCUGGCCCCUUGGCUGUUGACUCGGCUGGCAAGGCUUCUGGUGGUGUUGCAGUCAUCACUGACUGGCCUGUGGAAGUUCUCGAGGUGCCGGUUGCUGCUGCUUUCCCCACUCGCGUCAUGGCUGUGAAGGCGCACCGCCCUGCUCAGCGGCCUCUCUUGGUCAUUAACGGCUACCUCCCUGCUGCUGAUGACCAGCUCAACCAGCACAUCGCCUCCACCGUGCUUCGCUGGGCCACAACCUCUGGCGAGGACUUCGUCUUCUUGGCGGAUUGGAACCGGACGCCCAACCAGCAGCCUCUGUGCGGUUUCUUGGCGGGUGGCCUUGUGUAUGCCAUGGACCCCGACCCGUUCCUGGAGGGCAAGGGCACGCACAGACUCGAAAACGGCGACUACACUGGCAGGCUCAUCGACUUCGGGCUCUCCUCGACGCGCUUGGCGGUGGACGGUCGAGCGCAGCAUCUCGGCCCGGCUGACCAUGACCUUGUCACCUACGAUGUGCACUUGCUCAGUGGCCGGCGUGGCUGGCGUUGGCAACCUCAGCUUCGGCUUGAUGAGGACAAAAAGAACGUUGACUGGCAGGCGCACUGGCACAGCUUGGACGCUUCCUUUAAGGUGGCCCUUGACGAGAACGACACAGAGACUGCGUGGCGCUUGCUUUCAGGCGCUGCUGAGGCAGCCUUGGCGCAGGACGGUGCGCGGCCCGCUAAGCCCCGCGGGGUCCCCGGCAAGCCGCUGCUCACUGAGGCCCACGCGGGUAAAACCCCUUCUGUGCAGACCCUGCGCGAAAGGAAGCUUCGCAGGGCUGCGCGGCGUGCAAAGGCAGUGUUGGAAGGCAGUGCUCCACCUGAUGGGAGCUCUAAACUCUUGAAGUACCUGCAGCACCUGGCGGACGUGUUCCCGGACCUGGGCCAGGUGGUACAACUUCGUGGCUCUGCGCUUCUUGCUUUUUGCUUGAAAAGGCUGGCAAGAUGGGUGAAGGCUUCUGCUGUUGAGAGGCCGACUGCUUUUGAGGACUUUGCGGAGGACCCGGACCCCCAGGCAAAGGCCGAAGCUGCGGCAGUGGUUUGGGGUGACAGGUGGAACAGGCUUCGGCGUCCUGAUGGUGCUGCUCUCCAUCGGCUUCUUGGCGAGCUCGACAUCACGGCUGCGCAGGCCCCUUCCCUUCGCUUGGAGGGCCACGCUUUGCUGCGGCGGGCGAAGGCCACUGCACGUAAGGCUCCUGGUUGCGAUGGCUGGGCGGGUCGGCACUGGCGCCUGCUCUCUGAAGACUUCUUCGACCUGCUGGCUGCUGUGUGGAACGCCGUGCUUGGGGGGGCUCCCAUCCCUCAGGCGUGGACUCAAGUGCGGAUUUGCCUCAUUCCGAAAGGCGAUGGUGGCUCUCGUCCUUUGGCCAUUGCCUCGCUCGCUUGGCGGCUGGGCGCGGCCUGUUUGGUGCAGCAGCUGGGUGAAUGGAUACGGCAAGUUUUCCCCAAGGAGCUCUAUGGCGGCUUGCCCGACCGGAGCGCCGACGAUGUGCAUGCAGAGCUCACGCAGGCGAUGUACGUGCAGCGUGGCGGUGGUCCUUUGGCGGGAUGCAAAGCGGACGUGAGAAGAUGCUUCGACAGCGCCUCUCCGGACCUGGCUCUUCAGUGCUUGCGCCAGAUGGGUGCGCCGGCGCCAUUGCUCGAUGUGAUGGGGAGGUUCUAUGACCAGCAGGAGCGCUGGAUCAUGGUGGACGGGGCCACGUGUCGGCGUCCUCUUCGCGCUUGCGGCUCCCUGCUUCAAGGGUGCCCAGUUUCGCCACUCUGUCUCGGCGCCAUGAUGGUGGUCUGGGCGGCGACUGUGCAGAGGGCCAACACCGGCGUGCAGCUGGCCAUCUACAUCGACGACCGCACAAUGUGGGUUCGCAAACGUUGGGGAGCAGCACGUGCUGUUCGUGAUGCCAUGAUGGCGGGCGCCGUGGCCGACGAUGCGCUUGGCUUUACCCUCCACCCCGAGAAACUGGAAAGUUUUGCCACCACUCAGGCUGUGCGCGAAGACCUCCUGGGCCUUGCUGACAUCGUUGGCAUACCUCAGGUCACCUUCACAUUGCUUGGCAUCCCUUACAAUACCACCCGUGCCGCUCCGGUGGCUACUGCUGGCGUGGCGGCGACCUUGAUGGCGCGUUGCAAGCGCAUCCAGAAGUUUGGCGGCAGCCGCAGCCUCCGCUGCGUGCUCCUCAAGAAGCUGGUCAUCCCGCUCUUCAGGUGGGCGGCGCCUUGGCUCAGGUUCUCCAAGAAGCUUUUGGCUACAUGGACGGCGGCUAUCGAACGGGCGGCUUGGGGGGGGGGCAUCCCUCGUGGGCGCUCGCCGGCCCUCGCCUGGCUGACUGUGGUUGGCGUGGAUUUGCUCCCCGCGUACGUCUGUGCCGAGACGGCUGUGCUUCGUGAACAUCGGCGCCUUCACUUGCAACGUCACAGCUCGGAGGCCACCUUCACGGCAGAGGCUUUUAAGGCGGUGGACUGGAAGCGUGGCGACGAUGGCACUUGGACCACCCGCCAUGGGUGCUUUCGCGCAGGGGCCAUCAGUGCGGAGGGGCUGCGCAGACAACUUCGGCUGGCUUGGGCCCGCAAGCUCUUGCUCAAGGACAACAAGACCAAGCAAGAGGGUGGUUUCGUUGGCGACUUUGACCUCGCGCACCACUUGACAACGGGCCGACAUGUCGACGGCUACAAGGCUAGGGUCAUGGCGGGUGCGGCGGCGGACUCUCGCCACUUGGUGGAAAAGGGGGGCACGGCUGCGGACUUUGUCUGCGACUGCGGGAGACGGGGGCCUACGCGCUCCCACCUCACCUUCGAGUGCUCUUCGGCUCCUUGGACAUUGGAACUUCGCUCAGCUUUGGAGCGCCGGCUUCUGCUGCCUUUGGGGCCGUCUGCUCCUCGUUGGGAUAUGGCGGACUACGAGGCGGAUGUCGCCAAGUUGGUGCAGCACUUGGCUGGCUUGGACGCGACGCAGGUCCACUACGUGGCUACAGACGGUGGCUGUGCACUGGCUCGCGGGGCGGAGUUUUGGCAGCGCGCUGCUUGGGGCGUGGCUUUUGAAAAUGGUGAGUUCGGCGGCUUGGUCUUGGGGGCAGAGCAAACGGCGGCAGAAGGCGAACGGGUCGCUGUGUACCUGCUGGCCAUGGCUCUCCUGCAAUGUGGGCGCAGUAUUCGUUUGCUGGUGGACAAUCAAGCAGUUGCUGGGCGUCUUCGGCGCGGCCGCAAGGCGUGUGAGAACGGUGAUCCUUGGGCUCUUUGGCGCGUCAUUGCUGACGCCGUUCACCUGCUGGACGUAGCCUGGGUGCCUUCACACGGCAAGAAGCCUCUGUGGGGGCCGCCGCCAGAUUGGCUUGAUGGUGUGGCGUGCCGUGCGCUCAACGCACGAGCCGAUGCGGCGGCGACCCAGGCAUUGGAUGCUGUGAGAGCUGUGGUGGUGGCUUCAGUGCGUGCGGCAAAGGAAAGGCGGGCUUGGGCGGCUGCUGCCGUGGCCGCUCAGAUGAGGGCUACGCAGCCCUGGCACGUGAAGUUCGUGGAGAAGAUGCGGGUUCUGGCGUUUCGGCGUCGGGCCACUUGA